GCAGGCUCCGCGGGACGGACUCACAGACGGACCCGGGACGGAGGGACGGGCGCACGGCCAGGCCAUGCCCGGGGAGGCUGCUCGCGCCGAGCUGCUGCUGCCUGAGGCGGGCGGCCCGGGUCCCCGCACAGAUCUGUCCUGCGAUGCAGCUGCGGCCACCACCCCGAGAGGGGACCAGCUGGAGCACUGUGCCCUGACCCCCGGGCCCAGUGCCCUGGCCCUCACGUUCCUGCCCAACAAGCCAGGAGCCAGGCCCCCACCAGAGGGAGCCAGCUGGGAUGCAGGACCGGGCACCCCCUCAGCCUGGGCAGUCCCCACGGAAGGCGGCCCCAGCCCAGGGCCCCCCGAGGUUCGACCUGCCGAGGGUCCUCUCCUAGCCACCCUGGAGCCCCGGAUUGUGAUGGGCGAGGAGACGCACCGCGCACCCCCACUGUCCAGGGCAGCCCUGCCAGAACUCAGGGACUGGGAGGGUGGGCACGCCAGCCUGAACCCACCCCCCGAGUUGUGUUCUCAGGGUGACCCUCCUGUGCCUUUCCCUGCUCUGGACCCUGACUCCUACUUCACACCUCCCUCCACCCCCACCGAGACAGCCUCUGCCCUGCUCCCCAGCGCUGGGCCCUGCAGGGACGCCCGGGAUGCCCAGGCUGAGCCAGGGGGCUCACCACCUGCCUCGCCACCUGCCUCACCACCGGCCUCGCCCUCAGGCUCCUACAUCACAGCGGAUGGGGACAGCUGGGCCUCGUCCCCAUCCUGCUCCCUGAGCCUGCUGUCCCCGGCUGAGGGGCUGGACGUCCCCUCGGGCUGGGGCUUCUCCCCGCUGGGGUCCAUGGCGGACGAGCAGGAGCUGCCCCCUGCUGGGCCCCCGGGCUCCCUGUCCUCAGAGUCCAGCCUCUCGGCAGACAGCAGCUCUUCCUGGGGCCAGGAGGGCCACUUCUUCGAGCUGGACUUCCUGGCCAACGACCCAAUGAUCCCCGCCGCACUCCUGCCCUUCCGGGGCAGCCUGAUCUUCGAGGUGGAGGCAGUAGAGGUGACACCGCUGCCCCCCGAGGGAGAGGAGGAGGAACAAGAGGAAGAACAGGAGGGGGAACAGGAGGAGGAGGCCCCUGCCCCUGGAGGGGACCUGGCCGGGGAGGGCGAGGACGACAGCACUUUUGCCUCCUCCCUGCAGUCGCUGUCUGACCUCUCCAUUACUGAGGGCAUGGAUGAGGCCUUUGCCUUCCGAGACGACACCUCGGCGGCCUCCUCUGACCCCGACUCGGCUUCCUACACAGGGGCAGAUGACGAGAGGCUGUACAGCGGAGAGCCCCACGCCCAGCCCACCGCUCUGCUCCAGAACAGCCCUGGCGAGGCCCUGUCCUGGGGCCCGGAGUGCGCUCCUGGGGUCUUGGAGGGAGAGGCCAGCCAUGCCACUGAGAGCCAGGAAACUGCUGCUGAAAUAGCUGGGGCGGAGCCCGCUUUAGGCCAGGCAUCCACUGCGGCUGUGGCCCCGCACGCCCCACAGGAAGGCCCUGGCCUCACCGGGCUGACCCCUCAGGCCCUGGGGAAAGAGGCAGAUUCCACUGCAGGACCAGGGCCUGUCGCCACAGCCACACCUCAGCCCCUGCAGGAGGGAGACGAUGCCACCUUAGGCCUGGAGCCUCGGACUGCACAGGGCGUGGCGGGUUUCCUGCCAAGCCCAGACUCUCCGCAGGAUUUGAAGGAGGAAGCGGGCCAGGGGCCUGCUGCUGCAGCCAGCCCUGAGCCACAGCCUGGAGAAGUGGACCUGGCCACACCCCUGCCCCUGCAGGAUGCAGGCCUCCCCUCAGGCCAGGGGCCUGCUGCUGCGGCCAGCUAUCAGGCCCUGCAGACAGAUGCAAGCUGCCUCCCAGGGACUGAGCCCAUGGCAACCUCGGCCCGGCGGGAAGGAGACAAGGCCUUGAGACUGAGGCCAGCACCUGACGAUAGGGACGCAGGCCACACUGGAGGCCCAGAGCCUCCAGCCUUGGACCAGGCCCAACAGGGUAGCCCAGAGCAAGCUGCAGAUGCUGAAAUACCCUGGGCCUCACAGGAAGAUGCGGGCUGCCUCAGUCCUGCCACAGAGGCCCCAGACCCUGCUGAGCCUGACACAGAAGCCCCAGACAUCUCCAAAUCUGCCUCAGAGGGCCUGGACACCCCCGAGCAUGACAAGGAGGUCCUGGGCACCCCCAACCCUGAGUGUGACAAGGAGGUCCUGGGUACCCCCAAGCCUGCCUCAGAGGGCCUGAACACCCCCGAGCAUGACAAGGAGGUCCUGGACACCCCCAAGCCUGCCUCAGAGGGCCUGGACACCCCCGAGCAUGACAAGGAGGUCCUGGACACCCCCGAGCCUGCCUCAGAGGGCCUGGACACCCCCGAACAUGACAAGGAAGUCCUGGGCACCCCUGAGCAUGAUGAGGAAGCCCUGGGUACCCCCAAGCCUGCCUCAGAGCGUCUGGACACCCCUGAGCAUGACACAGAGAGUCUGGAUACCCCUGAGCAUGACACAGAGGGCCUGGACAUCCCUGAGCCUGACAUAGAGGCCCUUGGAACCCCUGAGCCUGCCUCAAAGGGCCUGGACAUCCCAGAGCGUGACACGGAGGCCCUGAGCACCCCCAAGUCUGCCACAGAGAGCUCGGACACACCCAUGCCUGAGACCGAGGCCCUGGACACCUCUGAACCUGCCACGGAGGCCCUGGACACCCCUGAGCCUGACACAGAGGCCCUGGACACGCCCAAAUCUGCUAUGGAGGCCCUGGACACCCCCGAGCCUGACACAGAGGCCCUGGACACCCCUGAGCCUGCCAUGGAGACCCUGGACACCCCCAAAUCUGCUAUAGAGGCCCUGGACACCCCUGAGCCUGACACGGAGACCCUGGACACCCCCAAAUCUGCCAUGGAGGCCCUGGACACGCCCAAGCCUGCCACAGAGGCCCUGGACACCCCCAAAUCUGCUACAGAGGGCCUGGACACCCCUAAGCAUGACAAGGAGGGCCUGGCCACGCCCAGGUCUGCCAUGGAGAGUUGGGAUACCCCUGAGCCUGACUCGGAGGCUCUGGACACCCCCAAGCCUGACAUGGAGGCCCUGGGAACCCCCAAGUCUGCCACGGAGGGCCUGGACAACCCCGAGCCUGACAUGGAGGCCCUGGGCAUCCCCAAGUCUGCCAUGAAGGGCCCGGACACCCCCGAGCCUGACAUGGAGGCCCUGGACACCUCUGAGCCUGCCACGGAGGCCCUGGACACCCCUGACCAUGACAUGGAGGCUCUGGGCACCCCCAAGUCUGCCAUGGAGGGCCCAGACACCCCCGAGUCUGAUGUGGACAUCCUGGGCACCCCCGAGCCUGAAAUGGAGGCCUUGGACACCCCCAAGCCUGACGUGGACAUCCUGGACACCCCUGAGCCUGACAUGGAGGCCCUGGACUCCCCUGAGCCUGACAUGGAGGCCCUGGCAACGCCCCUGCCUGAGACGGAGGCCCUGGACACCCCUGAGCCUGACACAGAGGGACCGGACACCCCCAAACCUGACACGGAGGGCCUGCACACUCCCAAGCCUAUCACAGAAGCCAGGGACACCCCUGAACCUGACACAGAGGGCUUGGAGACCCCCGAGCCUGCCAUGGACACCCCUGCCAUGGAAGCCAGGGACAUCCCCGAGCCUGACACAGAGGCCGGGGACACCCCCAAACCUGCCACGGAGGCCCUGGAGACCCCUAAGCCUGACAUGGAGGCUCUGGACACCCCUGAGCCCGACACGGAGGCCCUGGACAUCCCUGAGCCUGCCACAAAGGCCCUGGACACCCCUGAGCCUGACACGGAGACCCUGGACACCCCCGAGCCUGCCACGAAGCCCGACACGGAGGCCCUGGACACCCCUGAGCCUGACAUGGAGACCCUGGACACCCCCGAGCGUGCCAUGAAGGCCCUGGAUACCCCUGAGCCCGACACGGAGGCCCUGGACACCCCUGAGCCCGACAUGGAGACCCUGGACACCCCCGAGCCUGCCACGAAGGCCCUGGACACCCCAGAGCCCGACACGGAGGCCCUGGACACGACUGAGCCUGCCACGGAGGCCCCAGACACCCCUGAGCCUCCCACGAAGGGCCUGGACACCCCUGAGCCUGACACGGAGACUCUGGACACCCCCGAGCCUGCCACGGAGGCCCUGGACACCCCUGAGCGUGCCUCCAGUGGAAAGGAAGUAGCUGAGGAUGUGUUGGUGCCCGAGUGGAGAGCCUGUCCUGAUGCCGGCGUGCACACUGGUGGUGGAGCUGAGCCCCACUUGCUGCCAAAGGAGGCCCAGGGGGCCAAGAACCAGUGGAGUGGAGGCCUUAAGCCAAGGCCGCAGGGUGCCGGGAAGGCUCCCAGGAGCAGCAGCCCAGAGGGGUGUCCUGCUGCCUGCCCCGAGGUCAGCCAGGCACAGCCCCCAAGCCCAGUGGAGGAGGGAAGGGCCACCCCGGAGCCCCGGCUUCCAGGGGCUGUGGCCUCAGAGGCCUGGCUGGGCUCCUGUGCAGAGCCUCCAUUGAGGGCUGUGCCCAGGCUGGGUGAGGGCUACCCCAAAGAGCCUGCCCCCACAUCCCCACCUCCCUCCUGGCAGCCAGAGCCUGUUCUGAGCCUGGGCAGUAGCCAGCGGGCCCAGGCAGCACCCAGAAUCCCCGGCCCCUUCCCACCACAGUCCCUAGAAAGCCCCACGGGGGGCCUGCCCAGGGCGCCCCAGGACAGUAUCCUGGGCUCUGAGCCCUCUGCUGCUGGUGUCCUCGUGGAGGCAGCCCCGCCUCCCAUGGCGCUCCCUGGCCCCUGCCCUUGUCAGGGCCCCCGGGAAGACUCAAUGGAGGGUGAGGAGCCCCCGGGCUCUCCAAGCCUCCCAUCCCCCAAGGCAGGAGCCCAGCGGGCGGUGGCUGCCUUCUCAGGAACCACAAACCUCCAGGGGGCCGGACAGCGAGUCACCCUCCCGCCCCACGCCCCCCUUCUCAGCCCCAAGGCAGCCUCCAAGAGGGGCAGCCAUGCCAAAGACCUGGCCUCACAGCUCUCACCCCCCUGCCAAGUGCCUCCUGGCUCUGGGCCCUGGAGCCCAGCCGGCCCUCGAGGGCUCCCAGCUACCGAGCAUCAGGACGACCAGGACAGCCUGGAGGAAGACUCACCACGAGCACCGGGCUCAGGCCAGCACUCAGACAGCCACGGAGAGUCAUCAGCCGAGCUGGAGGAGAACUUCUCAGGACCGCAGAGUGCGCAGUGCCCGGCCCAGGCUGCAGCGGGCAGUGGCAGCGAGGAGACCGUCGCCAAAGCCAAGCAGAGUCGCAGUGAGAAGAAGGCCCGAAAGGCAAUGUCCAAGCUGGGCUUGCGGCAGAUCCAGGGGGUCACCAGGAUCACCAUCCAGAAGUCCAAAAACAUCCUUUUCGUCAUCGCCAAGCCCGACGUCUUCAAGAGCCCGGCCUCGGACACCUACGUGGUCUUCGGAGAGGCCAAGAUUGAGGACCUGUCCCAGCAAGUGCACAGAGCCGCCGCCGAGAAGUUCAAGGUGCCCGCGGAGCCCUCUGCCCUGGUCCCUGAGUCUGCACCCGGGCCGCAUGUGAGGCCAUGCGAGGAGGAAGAAGGGGGCGAGGAGGAGGAGGAGGUGGACGAGGCGGGGCUGGAGCUGCGGGACAUUGAGCUGGUGAUGGCGCAGGCCAAUGUGUCGAGGGCCAAGGCUGUGCGGGCCCUGAGGGACAACCAGAGCGAUAUCGUAAACGCCAUCAUGGAGCUGACAAUGUAGCCGCUGACCAGUGACCCAACUCCAUCCCUGCCCCUCAGCUCUGCUGCUCAAUAAAUGAGUGUUCC